UAAUAUUAAUCGAUGCAGCCCUGUGUACGAAAAAAGGCGAGAAGUCGCCAUCUUGGAAAUUAGACAAAAAGCACUGGAAGAAGAAGAAAAAUCGAAACAAUUGACAGCGCCAGCGAGCAGAAAAUCGCGUCAAAAAUUUAGUUAUUUCUUACAAUUAGCAAAAAUUCCGUCACCAAAAACAUUUCCAAGCAGAUAAAAACGAAUUGGCAAACGGGCUAACUGAAAAUUGUGUAAAAACAGCUUAAAACUGGAGCAACAGAAGAGGCGAAAAAAAGUUGAAGAAGCAGCUCUUAAAAGCAGAAAAGAAAAAAUUGCGAAGCGACGAGUAGGAAAAAGUUUCGUUUUCCCCUUUUACGUUGCUUUUGCCGUUGCGUUUUCCGCCAGCAGAAAAGAAAUUAUCAUUUGCAAGUGUUUGGAAAUAAACGCAUUGCAAACAAUAUUAAGUUAGCCUACAACGUGCUUACUUUUAUCCUUAGUAUAGUGUGAAACACUUUUAUUAACGGUACUGGAUUUUCACUUGUGUUAUUGGAACGCCAAUCGGAAAAAAGGGGAGAACGACGGUAUUCAUUCGUUUCAUAUACUGCUGCCAAUCAAUCUGUCAAAGCCUCCAUCCCUUUUGAAGCAUCAAAACUGCAAUAAUUGCAGAACUACCGUUGUGGAAUCGCUGCGAUAGCAUUACAAAUACUAUCUACAUACUCAACAUCAUAUGCGGUCAAUUUCAUUCCAAAAGCUGCAACAAAUACAACAUUUACCACUGUGGCUGAGAGGUUACAGCAAAUCAGCUUAGGAAGUUGUUCAUCACAUGCGACACCUUCGAAGAUAAUCAUUUGAAAGGAAACAAUCAUAAUAUACUUCAAAUUACUGUUUGUUUCAACAGUGAAGUUUAUCCAUAGCUUAACAAAAAUUCGGGUUCUAUUGGACUAUGUCUGAGCAUUUGCAUCGUCGAGUACAAACACACACAUAGCCAUGGCUGCGACGAGAAAGUUGCAAGGUGAAAUUGACAGAUGUCUGAAAAAAGUUGCUGAAGGGGUGGAAACAUUCGAGGAUAUAUGGAAAAAAGUGCAUAAUGCUACAAACAGUAAUCAGAAGGAAAAGUAUGAAGCGGAUCUUAAAAAAGAAAUCAAGAAGUUGCAAAGGCUUCGAGAUCAAAUCAAAUCAUGGAUUGCAUCUGGGGAGAUUAAAGAUAAAAGCCAGCUGCUGGAGAAUAGGCGUCUCAUUGAAACGCAAAUGGAACGUUUCAAAAUCGUAGAACGUGAAACGAAAACGAAAGCGUAUUCGAAAGAAGGACUGGGCGCUGCACAAAAAACAGAUCCAGCUCAACGUAAGAAAGAUGAGGCACGUAACUGGUUAACAUCGUCUAUUAGUUCAUUGCAACUGCAAAUAGAUCAAUAUGAAAGUGAGAUUGAAUCCUUAUUGGCGGCAAAAAAGAAGCGCCUCGAUCGCGACAAACAAGAUCGCAUGGAUGAGUUUCGCGCUAAGUUGGAUCGUAAUAAAUUCCACGUUAUGAAACUGGAAACAGUGUUAAGAUUACUCGACAAUGACGGUGUUGAAGCAGAACAAGUAAAUAAAAUUAAGGAUGAUGUUGAAUAUUACAUUGAAUCCUCACAAGAGCCGAAUUUCGAAGAGAAUGAGUUUCUUUAUGAUGACAUUAUUGGCCUGGACGAUGUGGAGUUAUCUGGCACAGGUGUUUCACUUGGUAUUCCAUCAUCAGCCACUACCGACAGCAAUAACAGCAACGAGACCAGCGGUUCGCCAAGCAGUAUAACAUCGGGUGGCAGUCCUGUGCAAUCGCCAGCGCCAGCAACUGGUACACAACAGCCGCUGCAACAACAAUCUGCGACAGCGGCGGCGACAACGACGUUGGCGUCAACAAUGAAUACGACGGCAGCGGCAGUAACAACGGCGCAACAACAACAACAACAGCAGCAAAAUAAUAACAGCAACAGCAUGAAUUACGCAGCGGAAGCAGCUGCGGCGGCGGCGGCGGCAGCCACAGCGUCGGCGAAUAGUAAUACAGAUGCGACAGCCAGCGAUAAAAGGAACAAAAAUGAGAGUAAUUCUAGUAGCAAAACAAAACAACCUGUAAAGCCAACGGCAGUGCGUGCAGCAAAUAGCAGUGGUAAACCUUCUAGUGGCUCAACAUCAGAAACGUCUUCAAAUAAAGCCGUUAGUUCGACGCCCAAUAAGAAUCAUAACCAACAACAACAACAGCAACAGCCCACCGCAGCGGCAAUAGUGGCAGCAGCAAUGGGUGGUCAAACAGCGCCAACGCUGGUGACGAGCACGGCAAAUAGCAUAGUUGGUGGUGCGCCCACGUUGGCGGCCACCGUUGCCGCCAUGGCUGCUGGCCAUAGUCCUGCACUGCAACAACAUGCGCCAGCGCCCAGCUUAAAUGCGACAAAUGCAACGGCAACGAUUGGUGGUGGUGCGACAACGGUGACAGCCGCAGUGGUCGCUAAUAAUGGUAGCAGUAACAGUAACAACAACAUUCAAGGCCAAUCUGUGAUUCAAGCGACGCCAAUUAUUGCAUUUGCGGCUGUAGCGAAAAAUAACACAUCACAUCUUGAAAACGGGCCUGUGCAUACGGCGACUUCAUACGGAAUGACUGCACCCACGGUAGUAACCAAUUCACAGCAUCAGCAACAACAACAACAACAAUUAUCCAAUCUUCAAACGAAUUCCUCACAUUUACAAAACGCGCAUAAUAACACUUCCAAUAACAACGCAUCAAAUAGUUUAGCGAAUGCUGUGCAGCAAGGAAGCGCAGCUGCUGGUAUGGUGGUGAAUAAUGUUGGCGGUAAUAAUUUGGUAAAUUGCAUUUCUCCAAACGGUAUAUCGCAAGUAAUUGGCGCACAGCAACAGCAACAGCAGCAACAACAACAGCAGCAGCAACAACAACAAGUUAUUGGUGUAACUAACAAUGGCACCCGGGUUUCACCGGGUUUGCUGUCACCGAAGCAUAUGAAUGGCAUGCCUGUGUCCGCAGCCAAUAUAAACAACAAUAAUAACAACAACAACAAUAAUAAUAAUUCGAUGGAUGCGAUUUCAUUAAAGACAAUAGCUCAGGAAGCUAUUAAUCGGUCGGUAAUCGAUACCAAUUCAUUGACGCAAGGACCCGGACAACAGAUUGACAAUAGGCAACAGCAGCAGCAACAACAACAACAACAGCAGCAGCAAGCGCCACAAUCACAGCAGGUCUUACAGCAUUUCUCAACCGAUACAACUGCCAAUCAGCAACAACAACAACAACAACAACAAUCUGGUGGUUUAGCAGCAGCCGCGGUAGCCUUUGCUGCAGCAGCCGCCGCAACAAAUGGACCGGCAACAGCGGGUGCGGGCCCAGUCGGCAGUGCAGUGCAAAGUGGUUUAGGCGGUAUGACGAAUGCAGCGGUGGGUCAACCAGGCGCUAGUAAUAGCGGUGUUAAUGCACCAGUGGGUAGCAAACCACUGCAACAGCAGCAGCAACAGCAACAACAACAACAACAACAACAACCCACAAAUGAAGCGCAUAUAACGCCACUACUUGGCGUAGCACCGCUUGGCACAUUGCCGCUACAUAAAGAUCAUCAAUUGCAAUUCAAAAUGAUGGAAGCCGCUUACUAUCACCUCCCGACACCAGCCGACUCGGAAAGAUUGAAUAUAUAUCUGCCGCGUACGCCAGUGCCGACACCACUGCAUUAUCCUCAGCAACAGCUUCCACUCUACGAUACCGUUGAAUUUUAUCAACGACUCUCAACCGAAACGCUCUUCUUUGUUUUCUAUUAUAUGGAAGGUUCGAAGGCGCAAUAUUUAGCAGCGAAAGCAUUGAAAAAGCAAAGCUGGCGAUUUCACACAAAGUACAUGAUGUGGUUCCAAAGGCAUGAGGAACCAAAAAUUAUUAACGAUGAUUACGAACAGGGUACGUACAUCUAUUUUGAUUACGAGAAAUGGAGUCAACGCAAAAAGGAGGGAUUUACUUUUGAAUACAAGUACUUAGAAGACAAGGAGUUGAAUUGAACGCUGUAUGAUGCAGCCAAUGUAUAAAAGAAAAAACACUUUUGUUAUAAAAACAUGCAUAACUUCUAAGCUACAUCAGCCAACAACAGCAACAAAAACAUCUCUACCACCACCUCUUUUAACAGCUAACAACAACAGCGCAAUUUCUGAAACUACCAACUAGAACGAACAAGAAGUACUGCAAACGUUUGCAAAUACCUGUCGACUUUUUCCAUAUGUUGUUCCUUUUUUUUUUGAAUUUGCUAUGUUCACUUUUUUACUGUUUAUGAGUUAAAACGAGAAAAGAAAGCGAAAAAUAUCAAAUUUACAACAUACAAUCAUACAUCAUAUAAAAAAUAGUACAUAAAAAUUUACUGAAAAUUCUAAAAAAAAAGCAAAGAAUUAUGAUUUGUUAAACCUGAGAAAAUAUGCUAGGUCUUCAGUAAGAGUCGUAAUUAAACAUAGAACACUUCUACUACAACACAGAUUAAUUUGCGGCGAAAAUGUUACUUUAGUUUAAAAUUCGCAUUUAACACAAACAUUUUAGCAUUUGUCGGAAAUUAACUGAAACACAAGUAGUUACAAUUGUAGUAAAUCGUUAAAAAGGAACAUGACCUCUCACGAGGAGGAAGCAGUGGCAGUUGCUGCCAACAAAUUCCUCUAUGGUUUCUGCAGCAGUUGCGCGAACGCAAGCAAGUUGAAGAAACACAUAUUUGAUGCCAAGCAGUGAGUCAUCAAUACGUUUAUGCUGUCACCGCAUUCAUUACCUCCUUACUCAAUUAUACAUACAUACAACUAUGGAAUGAGUUCCCCCCAUAAACAAAUGUUGCUUCAUUUCCUUCCUUGCCCCCACCCCCCUUACUAUCCCUUCACACAAAUUUAUACAAAACUUUACUUGGACGCAUUAUAUGUCGCCCGACUACGAUUACCUAAUUUCUCUAGGUCUACUUUUUAGUUUUUCCAUUUUGUAUUCAUUCAUUGAACAUUAAAUAUUAUACAUUUUGCAAUUAGAGAAAAAAUGGAAAAACUCCCAACUAUACAUAUAUGAUACUUUAUAAAAGAUGAAAAUGUUUUACAAGCAAACAACAAGAAAGAAAAAAAAAUCGAAAAAAUGGUAAAAAAAGAGGUGAAGUUAAAAGAAUAUUAUAACAAAGAACUUUGAAGAACAAAAA